UAAAACAUUCUGCUCUUCGUACAUCACUCUAUUUCGAUACAAAUAAGAAUAUAUUAAUGCAAACGAUUAUUGAUCAUACUGAUAAUAAAGAAUUAUUUACAUUUAUCGAAAGUACUUUCGAAACAGAUGAAGAUCUCAAUAAAAUUAUGCAUAAUGAACGUGGGAACCCAAAUAAUUUUAAUCUAUUAAUUGUUAUUGUUUGUCGAUGUCAUGUUGUUUAUUAUAAAAACAUUUCUCAAAAAGGAAUAAUUUGCGAAAAAGAUGCACUUAUCUUUAAUUUUCAUCAUGCUUUGUUUGAUUUUCCAUCAAUGAAAAUGUUUCGUCAAAAUCUUGAUUAUGCCGUGGCUAAACAACAAAUACCUAUGACAGUUGUCAAUACUUUUUGGCUUGAUGCUCUUUGUGAUUGUGAAAUGGAUCGAUCUUUGCAAUUACCAUUUGAUCGACAUCGUGUUUCCGAUGAACAUCGUACAGGUCGUGGAACAUUAAUUUCAUUUCAAUUUGACAACGAUCUUUCAAAAGCAUUUCUAACUUAUGCUUCAACAUAUAAAAUUAAACUUGAAUAUUAUUAG